GCCAAAGUCCGCUCUGUCCAAGCCACUCGCCCCGUAACCAUCAAGCGCCCUCAAGCCCCUUAGAUCCUCAGCUGCUAUCGACGACUCUAAGAGAGCAAAUGGUGGGCUUUACCUUUACCAUUUGCGCCUUAUGGCGUUUACAAGGACAUUAUCGAGCACUCGGCCAUGCCGAGACCUCUUCUAUCCCCGAGCCUCAGUGAGAAAAUGUCGUGCUAUAUAAGUCAGAGAGAGUGCGGCCGAUACAGGUCAGGUUCAAGCUCAUCUCCUUCUUCUCUGCCCAGUCUCAAAUUCCAUCAAGAUGCGUUUCUCAUCUUAUGCUCCUCUAGCUUUGGCGGCCAACUUAGCUGCUGCCAUGCCCCGGCCUCAAGAGAUUGACUUCGAUAUUUCUAUCACCAUCAACACCGAUGCUCUCAUCGCAUCGGCUACCGCCGCCAUCUCCUCUGUAGCUGUCGACGUUACCGAUGUUCUCUCAGCUACUGCAAUUGUACAGGCUAAAAGAGCUGCUGCAACCUGUGUAACACAAGCACCUGGAGCAACUUCCGUCCCUGAUUUCUCUGGAGAUACCGCUGCCCAAUUCCUUGCCGAGAACUAUUUUUCUUCCGUCGCCUCUGCUAAUGCAGCUGCACCUAGCGGCUACACUCAAGCAUUCGUCAACAAGCAAGCCGCUAACAAUGCUUUUGGUUACUUGGGGUUUGUCACCAUGGACACUUAUAAUGUCAAGCAGUGUGCAACCCAGUGCGAUAACAAAUACGGUUGCUCAUCCUUCAACGUCUACUUUGAGCGUGAUCCCUCUAUUGAUCCCACCGGGACCUUAUGCUCGAACCCUCUUGCGGUUACUAUGAUUAAAUGUGUUCGUGGUGGAUUCUCCGUUGCUGUAGCCGGAAACAACGGUUAUGUGACCAACAAGAUCUCUACACCUGACGGCUUUCAGACCGGUGUUCCUUUCGGCAAAUUCGCUAUGAACGCGCCCUACGAUGCUCAAGGCUACAACACUUACAUGGGCGCUAAGAUGUUCACUGGAAACUGGGAUGUUACUCAGUGCUCAGAGUACUGCAAGGCUCAAACCACCUACAACAAGAACACUGCUCCUAAGGAUGGCACCCCGUUAAGAAGGCCGAUGGUACAAUCCUCCCCUAGGGCCAGUACUGCUCACUCUACACCGAGGCCUGGCCUCGGAUCGUGGCAAGGAAAGGACCAGUACACCAUCGACUACAGCUUUGGCUUCACUAUGACUGACGCUGGUAUUGAUCCUACUGUCGGAGAUUCUACUGGCGCCAAGUACCAAGCUGUCGCCGACAUCAAGUGGUCAUCCCUGCAGCCUUUCUGCUCGGCCUACCUUGGCUAUAUAACCCCUCUGUCCACUAUGACGGCUACUGCUACCAGCACUCCCGUGGUAACCUCGACCGCUUACUCGACUACAACAGUGCUCCCGAAGCGCAAGCGUGAUGGCUCCAACUCACCAUACCCUGGCUUGAGCACCGAUUCUUCGAUCGGCGGUGUCGCCCUGAUCGAUGCCAAUGGCACCAGGUGGUAUUCUAGCGAGAUCCCAUCUGGCGGGCCCCUAGGCUCAAUACAUAGCAACUCGACACUGAGCAAGCGCUCUGUGUCAAUUCCAGCGGGUCUCGCCAAGUACCAGCCUGCCGUCAUCUCUGCAGCCUGUGCUAUGCAAGCCACACCUGUAACCUCUACAUCCUUACAAACGAGCUUCACAACGGUCACCGGAGCUGCUACAACCACCGUCGUAUCGGUAGUAUCGACAGUAACUUCCAUUCCAUCAUACACACCUUACCUUGAGAACCUCUACUUCGCAAGUGGAGGUGCAUCUGCAAUUGCCGACCAGGACGAAAACGGAUAUGUGUAUGCCGGAAUACGUAACAACAAAUAUUUCAGUGAUCUCGCAGUGAAGGCCGGUUUCUUCGUCGACUCAACCACUGGGCACUUUAAGGACGUUCAGGGUCGCACCGCUGUGGCUUACGAUAACGCCGGCCAGCCCGCAAGCCCCUAUGUCAUUUUCUUCAACUCUGAACAAAUGGCGCAAGUUGACAACUACUUGCCCCUGAUCUGCACAUACCCAACCACUCUGCCAAGCAAAAUCAGCUGUUCCGCGACGAUGAGCAAUGGCGAUGUAUACUCGCAUUUCGUCGCUGUGCAGGACAGCUACUACCAACUUGCUGCCUUGUGUAUAGCUGAUCGCCCAGCCUCUCAACUCCAUGGUGACCAGUACAUAGCAUGGUCAGAUGCCGCUCUGACUCUUUCCUAG